ACCAACACCAGUGAGUCAAUACCCUCCUGCUUCGUUUUGCGUGUACUGAUCUUGACUGGCGGUAGCCAGCCAUACGAUGCCUUGCGUCCUGCCUGCCGAGCUCACCGACCACAUCAUCGACUUCCAUUGGGACGAGCCACCAACCUUGCGGAGCUGCGCGCUGACCUGCCGGACAUGGCGGUCUGCGAGCGAAUAUCAUCUCAGGGCUUACCAUUCACUCAACAUCAAGAGCGUCACGAAUCUGACCAUGCUGUCGAAACGUUUCGCUCGGCCUGAAAGCAGGCGGUUCUAUCGUGAUUUCGAAGAAAUGAACAUCAUCGAGAGCGUUGGAAGACCCUUCAUACACAUUUUGCCGCUGUGUAUCCCAGGAUCAUUUGUCCCGAGGCUGAAAUCCCUAACAAUAUGGUCCUUGAGACGGCAGGGGCUUCCAAUUGGCAACCAGUGGCACCGCAGUUUCUUCACUCUCCUUUCGGCGUACAAAUCGGUGGCGUUCUUGAAUUUGUCCAACAGUCAAUUCCACGAUGUGGAGGAGCUACUGCGGAUCCUUGAAGCGCUUCCAGCACUGGAGGCGAUAUUGUUUAAGGACGUAGACAUCCCCCAUCCUUCCCCGAGCCUGGUCACUCGACCUGAUUCUGGUCGCCGUUCACAGAGGCGACGUCGACUUUCUCGCCUGACCCUUCACUUUAGUCAUUCGACCCCCGAUUGUCUCCCUGCAUUGUCGUGCUGUGGGCAACUGUUCUCUGAGAUCACAGAGCUCACGGUGGAUGCGGCAAUUGCGAUGGCACCCUUAUACGAGGAGCACAUGUAUAUGGCUCGUGUCCCCAUCCUCCAACUCACAGUUGUGUACAUUGCCCUCCCUAGCAUAGAUCCUAAGCUUGCAGACCAGUGGUAUCGCGGACUUCAACUAGAUGUUGAGGAGAAGCACGACUGGAACCAUCGCUGUCUUCUCCCACAAGACGUUUCUGGGACCUCUGCAGACGGCGCUGCUACCCGGCUAACGCACAUCAUGCGCCUGGAAGAGGUUGACUACCUGAUACACGCUGGGAAAGACUACAAGAAUCUCUCUUUGACAGUCCAGACCAUCGUGGCCAUGCUCUCUCGAGGCGUAGGCCAGCACGUCAGCAAGUUAUGUGUCUCGCUAGUCUUCAUUCAUGACGACUCCCUGCCGUAUCCGGACGGCUCUAGCAGUGUCUUUCCGUACCCGCUCUCGCGCGAAGCAGCACUCGUGCUCAGUGCACUGCAGCAUGUACGGGAAAUCAGCCUGGACAUCGAAGAUCCCCUAACGCCUGUUACGAGCGCAGCGGCUAGGAUUAUCCCGCUGUUAUUCCCACACUGGGCUGCCAGUGGCAGGCUUUCGGUUAAAUAUCCGACGUCCGAGGGCCGACUGGCAGGAUGGUCAGCCGCGCGAAACCACCGACUUCCAACAAGCGACUGACGGUGAUCUGUAUCUACGGCAGUCCCCGCACCAUAUAUAGGCAGCAAUGCCUGACGUCACGCCGCUGGGCCACACCGUGGGCAGCCCCAGCGACUGGACACCAUUGCGUCACGCUCCCCGGCAACUCCUUCACC